CCAACCUUUCGCCAAUAGUUAGUCGCCACGUCACUCUUUAAUUUCCACGUCAGGUUUUAGGGUUCUUCGAGGGUUGGAUGGAUCUUCUGCCCGAUGUUGCCCUGCGGGAUGCGAGGCUGAUGGAAUCGCUGGGAGGAGACGAUCAGCAGCGGCAGCUAUCGGCUGCCGACUCGAAAUCUAGCUUGGAGAAGAUCAAGAAGCAAUUGAGCGCUGGCUCUGGGAAUUCCGCUCUACAAGGGCCACUUUUCAAGCGCUCCGAGACAUUGCGUAAGUGGAACCAACGAUGGUUCACAUUGGAUCCAGCAACAGGAAAGAUGGAGUACAGGCUGGAUCGAGGAGAUCUGUCGUCACGAGGACAAAUUUACUUCGAUGCUGAUAGUACCAUCACUUUGUCUCCUAUAAAUUUUCACGGUGCGAAGAAGUACGAUGGUUGCUGCUUUUAUAUUGGUACACCAAAUAAGAAGGAAUACUAUCUCUGUGCUGAGAGUCAGGCUGUUGCAAGAGCUUGGGUGGCCACUUUGAGGGCAUCAUCUUUGGUGUUGAAAGCUCACAAAGAGGCUGUCAACUCGCUGAGUGGAAAUGGUGCGGCAAAGCUAGGAACAGUAGCUGCUGUUGUCACAGCAGCAAACACAGUAGCUAAGGAAGCGGCGAAAGACAUUGCCUCGGAAAUGCAAACGUCCAUCAAGGCUACUCUCAGUGGGAAAUCAUCGCAGACCGCCAGUGGUGACGGUGGUAUGGACAAUGUUUCCAUUAUGAAGGAAACUUUGAGAGUCAAGGAUGAAGAGCUCCAUCAGCUAUCCAGAGAGCUGAGAACACGGGAUGUGACGAUCAAGGAGCUCGCGGAUCGUCUGUCCGAAACAGCCGAUGCUGCCGAGGCUGCGGCUCGAGCUGCGCACGCCAUGGACAAAGAAAGAAAAGCCGCGAGAGCAGAAGCAGACCGCGCUCUCAAGGAGCUCGACGAUCGAACAAAAGUUGCACGGCUUCAGCUCAAGGCAGGAGAAGAACGGUACGCCGCUGUGAUGAGAGAGCGAGAUGAGGCUCUUGUGGAGGCGCAGAGAUGGCAGAAAGAGCUUGCAAAGGCGAGGGAGCAAAUGCUGCUUAUGGAGGCGGCCAGAAUCCGCCAAGGAGCCGCCGCGAGUGAUGCGGCCGCCGCUGCCUCCGCCACCGCCGCUGGUGAGCAGAGGGUCAGCAGAGAAAAGAUGAUCAGCGAAGAGUUCUCUCACGCAAGGCCUCAAGAAAAUGGCGAUGCUGGACUAGAGGCUGCUGUUCCAGAAGAAGAGAAUCGUCAUCACGAGGCAAACCCCGGCGAGAGCAGCAGCGAGCGCGCGUCGAAUCCAGACGCCGAGCAGCAGCAGGAAGAGGCUGUGAAAUCCGAAGACGUGCAGUCCAAGCCCACCACCGUGGUCGAGACUGUUCCAAACGAGAGGGAGGUGCUGAUCGACACGUACUCGGCCGACAUUGAUAGAACAACGGAGCCGUGAGAUUUUCUUUGUGAAGUUACAGAGCGUAUGAAGUGUCUCGCCGUACAUGGUACGGGAUGAUUAUUCCGUGAAUAUUCUAGAGUAGUAGCCCUAAA